AUAGAGAGGGAGAAAAAAACAGAGAGAGUAGGAGAGAGGGAGGAAGGCAGUCCAGGGUCACGCCGGUGCUCUCCGAUUUAGAAACACCGUCAGCCGUGCGAGCGCGCGCAGCACGGAAGUAAUCUUCCUUACCCCGAAAUAGCAAUUACAGUACAUCCGAUUUUAACGUGAAAGCCGUGCAUUGUGAUUAUUCUCCACCCUCUCCUCGCGCGUCUAGAUCCGCCCGGUAACCGCGCGCGAGCUCACCUGCGCACCGGAGAGCUUCUACCCAGACCAGGAGGAACCCGCAAGGAAUCCCGGCGCGCGUGUGCGUGCGUGUGUGUGUGUGUGCGUCACCUCCGAGCGACUAGCGUGGGUUCUCCAACAAGCGCGUGAGCUAUCGCUCCCGAGGAACCGAUUCAUCUUCAUCAUCCUCAUCUUUAUCCACACCGGAUAAACCGAGGCUCCCGUUACAUUUCUGCGCUUCCGGAGAAGGAAACAAAAAACCUACAUCAAAGAGAGAAAGCAUGCCGCUCGCGCAGCUUGCAGAGCCAUGGCCCAAAAUGGAGCUGGUGCAACUGGAGACGGAGAACGGACAAAGCACCGCUGAAGAUGGAGUUGCUCCAGGGGUCAAGGAAGAUGAUGUCAUCAAAGAGAUCAACAUCACACAUGUGGUCAAGGAGGGGUCAGAGAAAGCAGACCCCUCGCAGUUUGAGCUACUUAAAGUGCUUGGGCAGGGAUCCUUUGGGAAGGUGUUUCUGGUGCGCAAGGUGACGCCACCUGACGGCAAUCAGCUCUAUGCCAUGAAGGUUCUUAAGAAGGCCACACUAAAAGUGCGUGACCGUGUCCGAACUAAAAUGGAGCGUAACAUCCUAGCCGAUGUCAACCACCCAUUUGUAGUGAAACUGCAUUAUGCCUUUCAGACAGAGGGAAAGCUGUACUUGAUUCUGGAUUUCCUACGGGGAGGUGAUCUCUUCACCAGACUGUCAAAAGAGGUUAUGUUCACGGAAGAAGAUGUAAAGUUCUAUUUGGCAGAACUGGCACUGGGUCUGGAUCACCUGCACGGCCUUGGCAUCAUCUACAGAGAUCUAAAACCUGAAAACAUCCUAUUAGAUGAAGAGGGCCACAUCAAACUUACAGAUUUCGGCUUGUGUAAGGAGUCCAUAGACAAUGAGAAGAAGGCCUACUCGUUCUGUGGGACUGUGGAGUACAUGGCUCCUGAGGUGGUGAACAGACAGGGUCAUAUCCACAGCGCUGACUGGUGGUCAUUCGGGGUACUGAUGUUUGAGAUGCUCACAGGAUCACUACCGUUCCAAGGGAAGGACCGCAAGGAGACAAUGAACCUCAUCUUAAAGGCAAGGUUAGGGAUGCCCCAGUUUCUAAGCACUGAAGCUCAGAGUCUGCUGAGAGCACUGUUCAAGAGGAACCCCACUAACAGACUAGGCUCUGGACCAGACGGUGCGGAGGAAAUCAAACGUCACUGCUUCUUCUCAACCAUCGACUGGAAUAAACUCUUUCGUCGCGAGAUCAGUCCCCCAUUUAAACCCGCCGUGGCUCGACCGGACGACACCUUAUACUUCGACUCGGAGUUCACCUCACGCACCCCCAAAGACUCCCCAGGUGUUCCCCCGAGUGCCGGAGCUCACCAGCUCUUUCGUGGCUUCAGUUUUGUGGCCACGGCGCUGCUUGAGGAGGAGGGUACAGAGGAGUCGGCUCAGCCCCCUCCCCACCCUGUGGUUCAGCAGCUGCACGGGAAGAACAGCGUGUUCAGCGAUGGCUACGUGCUGAAGGAAGAUAUCGGCAUGGGCUCGUUCUCCGUGUGCAAGCGAUGUGUCCAUAAAGCUACCAACACGGAAUACGCAGUCAAGGUCAUCGAUAAAACAAACACCGACCCUUCGGAAGAGAUCGAGAUUCUGUUGCGUUACGGCCAACAUCCCAACAUCAUCACGCUAAAAGAUGUGUAUGAUAACGGGAAGCGGGUUUUCCUGGUGACUGAGCUGAUGCGAGGUGGUGAGCUGCUCGAUCGUAUCCUCAAACAGAAGUUCUUCUCUGAGAGAGAAGCUAGCUCUGUGCUGUAUACCAUCACCAAGACCGUGGAGUAUCUGCACUCACAGGGGGUUGUACACAGAGACCUAAAGCCCAGUAACAUCCUGUAUGUUGAUGAAUCUGGAAAUCCGGAGUCCCUGCGUAUCUGUGACUUUGGUUUUGCUAAACAGCUCCGCGCAGACAACGGCCUCUUGAUGACCCCCUGCUACACUGCUAACUUUGUCGCUCCUGAGGUGUUGAAGAGGCAGGGUUAUGAUGAGGCAUGUGACAUUUGGAGUUUGGGAGUGUUGCUGUACACUAUGAUAGCAGGUUUCACUCCUUUUGCGAAUGGUCCUGAGGACACACCCGAGGAGAUUUUAGGCAGAAUAGGAAAUGGACAUUUCACCCUGACUGGAGGAAACUGGGAUGCAGUGUCCGAUGCAGCUAAGGAUCUGGUGUCUAAGAUGCUGCAUGUGGACCCUCAUCAGAGACUAACAGCUCGGCAGGUGCUGAAGCACCCGUGGAUCGUGCAGAGAGAUCAGCUACCCAACAGCCAGCUGCAGCACCAGGAUGCCAAGAUUGUCAAGGGAGCGAUGGCUGCCACCUACUCAGCUCUGAAGAGUUCCCAGCCAACCCCCGAACUCAAACCCAUCGAGUCCUCAUUUCUCGCCCAGAGACGCGUGAAAAAGCUACCGUCCACCUCUCUGUAGAGCACAGCGUGAGCACAGCGUGAGCACAGCAGCGAGAGGAACAGAGCAAAACCGAAUAAAACGAACACAGUACUGGACGAAAGCCACUCUGAUGCUCUGAAGGUGGAUUUGGGGAAAAAAUUAAAAUAAAAACACGCUCCUCUUCACCCUGACGCGUGCCAUCAGCAGCCUCACGGAGCUUCACCAAGCCGUCCAUCAGAGUAAACAGUGGCUGUGAUUGGCAGAUGGACAUUGGAGUGCUGGAGUUCCAGUGCUCCAGAGAAGUGUGUGUGUGUGUGUGUGUGUGUGUGUGUGUGUGUGUGUGUGUGUGUGUGUGUGUGUGUGUGUGUAGGAGAGUGCCAGAUAGAGCUACAGGCUCCUAUUCGGAGGCAGUCAAUAUUGAUGGCCUGUUUUGUGGUCCUGCUGUUCUGUUUCAUGAGUUUAUUUGUUUGAGUCGUCGAGGUUUUGUGGGUUUUCUCCUGUUCGCUUGCUUUGUUUCAUGUAAAUGGCAUACAAUCAGAUUGAUCGUGAGUCUGGAACAAAAAAUAGACUUGUACACCGACUGGAAACGUUUGAAAGGGUUGGUUUAUUUUCCCUUUCCUCCAAGACGGUUCUUUAUUCGUUACGGAUAUAAAAAGCAUGAGAGCGAGUUGCGACUCUGCCCAAGUGCAUUGUGGGUAAAGGGGGUGGGUUUGCAUGGCCGCUGAUGUGUAAAAUGCUGUGCCGUUGCUUCGCCACAUUGCUUUGUGAUGCACUUUUACCCAGGGCUCACUCUGUUCAGUGUGGUUUCUUGCCUUUUGUUUUGUUUUUCUUUUUAUUGUAUGAACUGAACGAUGAUGAUGAUGAUUAAUAUGAUGAUGAUGGUAAAAAAAAUUAAAUCUCUGAAGCCCGAGGAUUUGUAGUGGCAUGCUAAAGUCUUGUAUUUUUCAAUGCGGUGAUUUAUUUUUUUUUCUUCUGGAUCUUGACUGCUGUUUUGUGUUUAGUUGUUUUGUUUAUUCUGUCAAAAAAAAAAAAACAACGUAAAGAUUUUUAUAAAAGCAUGCUGAGCACCAUUGGGGGAGGGGCCUAAAAAGGAAAGAGUUAAAAAAAAAAUUACUGCAGACUUUUUUUUUAUUUGUUGUAUUUUUUUUUUUUUUUUUUUAACAAUUUGUUCUUCUUGUGUUCAGAUGCCAGUGGUAAAAAAAAAUUGUGUGGAAUUUGUCAACUACGGUUGUGAAAUAGAGCCUUCUUAUUUUCAGGCUCAGGUUUCUGAACUUCUUUCUGAUGAUCGCAAAUGACCUGCAGAACUCCAGCAGACUGAAGAAUAUGCACUAUAUGGACAAAAAAAAAUUGUGGACACCUUAACCUAAGAUUGGUAUAUGCUUCUUUUGAAAGCACAUCCCACACUUCGUUUGCUGUUCUAACAAGCUCCACUCUUCUAGGAAGAUGUUCCUCUAGAUUUUGUGGAUAUUUGUGUGAGAUUCAUUCAGCCACAAGGAGGAAAGUCAUGAGGUUCCUGGGGUGCAGUGCAGGGUUCGCAUUCAUGUUCAAAAAGGUUUCGAGUUCUACAGCAGAUCUUCAUGGAGCUGGAUUUGUGCAUGUUUUGGGUCUCCUAGUUCAAAGGGAAAUUUCCACGCUAGCACAUCCAAAGACGUUCUCUAAAUUGUGAUCCGUUUGAAUUUGCAGAAGAUCCACACACGGCUGAAAAGGUCAGGUGUCCCAAUACUUUUGAUCCAUAUAGCGUAUAUGCUGGCAGAUUUCGAGAUUUUGCCUACUGCAACCGUGUCGGAGAUGUAGGGAGGUGGUGUCUUAACGGUGAAGACUCUCGAUUGGAAGGUCAUGAGUUCAAACUCCAGCACCACCAAGCUGCCACUGCUGGGCCCUUAAGCAAGGCCCCUAACCCUCAACUGCUCAGUUGUAAUUCGCUCUGCAUAAGGGCGUCUGCCAAAAUACCAUAAAUGUAAAAAUAGCGAUCUAAACUAAAAAAAAAACCCAAACGUGUCACCCCUCAGAUGCAGGUUUUCACGUCACACAGUUCUUAAAAAAAAAAUCAUUCGAGUUCUCCCUCAAAACCUGUGCAGUCAAAUUGACUGAUUUAUUACUCGUUUGCUGGAGAUUUUGAGUCACUGAUGAGUCUGAGGUCAUUAUAGUUUAAUGAAAGCGGUGUGUGACAGCUGACGGUGUUUCAGGACGGCGGAUUCACGUGAAGCACCUUUUGUACCGUACAUGUCGUUAAAGUACAUUAUAUUAUAUAUUCAUUUUUACGUGUUUUUUUUUUUUCCUUCAAAACUCUGGUCUUUUCCUUUCGAAAUCUACGCUUUAGAGUUUUUGUCCUGUUGUGGCCCAUGCUUUCUUUAUGCCUUCUGUAAAAAAAAAGAGAGAGAAAAAGAAAAAAGGGAUCGAAUGUCUCAUUAAUUUAGUAAUGAUGCAGAUUGAUUUGAUGUGAGCUGCUGAAAGGGAUGUAACACUCCUCAUGGUGGUCUUAUGGAGGGCUUAUUAUGGUGCUUCUCCGUAUUUGUUCUGUAUGCGUGUGCACGUGUUGUUGGGAUGACCGUCCUCUGGAAUGUGUGUGUUCUUGUUCUUUAAAGAACCAGAGUCGGGUCUGUUUUGGGUUCCUGAUGCCUUUCUAUUAAACUCAGCUUUCCUGCCCUCCACCUUC